CCAGCCUUCGUGAUCUAUCAUGAUGAUUUCAACGCCAUCCUGGGCGAGAACCCGGACCUGAAGAUCGCCUAUGAAGAUAAGUUCCCUUUUGCACAUGGAGCCGGAAUCUAUAUACCGCGGAAAGACACCGUCUUCGUCACCAGCAGGCCACUUGUCAUGUCGGGCAAGUUGGAGAAGGAGGUCAAGAUCAACAAACUGGUGCGAGAAGCGGCAGGCACCUGGAGACGAGACGAAGUCCUCACCCUUGCCGUCCUGGUCACGGGGGGAACCAACUAUGGCGACCAUCUCGUCUUCUGCUCCCAGGGCGACUACCGGGACCUCGGAGGUCUGGUCCACAUGGACGCAGACUAUCCGCACCGGUCCUCCGUCAUGCUGAACAACUACCUAGGCCGCCGCUUCAACUCGCUCUACGACGUAGCGGUGCAUUCGGACGGUUCGCUAUGGUUCACUGACCCGAUCUACGGUUUCGAACAGGGUCUACGGCGCCGGCCGGAGCUGCCGAACCAGGUCUACAGAUUCGACCCUCGGUCGGGCGACGUGCGCGUCGUCGCAGAUGGCCUCGGCCGCCCCAAGGGCAUCUGCUUCUCCCCGCGCGAAAAGACGCUCUACAUCAGCGACAACGACGCCCUGCACGGAGACGGCAGCAUCGAUCAGAUGCGCGCUGCGACCAUCUACGCCUACGACAUGCUCGACAAGAACGGCGCCAAAUGGCCCAUCAACCGGCGCGUCUUCGCCAUGCCCGACACGGGCGUCCCCGACGCCAUCGCGUGCGACGCCCACGGCAACGUCUACGCCGCCUGCGGCGACGGGCUCAAUGUAUGGAAUCCUGGCGGUUCGCUGCUGGGGAAGGUCUUGAUUCCCGGUGGGAUAUCGGGGUUCUGUUUUGGGAAGCCCGGGGAAUUGUUUUUGUUGAAUGAGGUUCGGUUUUGGCUGGUUGCGGUUGCGGAGGGGGUGGUGGGGGCG